AGAGACACAGCACUCGCAAUGGAGACGGGGCCGGACGACAGAGCGCUGGAAACAAAGGCGUCCGAGUUCGUGACCGCCGUGCUGGACAGCGCUCACCGCGCGCUGAGCUGCCCGAGCUCAGACAGCAGCGACACCGAGCCCGGACACCAGACCCCAAACAUCGGCUGGGUGUCCUGCGGAGAGUUCACCGUCGAGCGGGGCAGAGACCAGAUCGAGCAGUACAUGAGGACGUGGGAGGUGCACCCCAGCUGGCUGUUCAGCGUCCAGUUCCUCCAGGAGAAGGAGCUGAAGUUUAAGAGGCAGUUCCACUACCGAGCCCUGUGGAGCCUCCCUACCCGCCGCAGCCCGGUCCCCACGGGCACCGCGGCCGUCUACUUCAUCAUAGAAGCCUCCAAAACCAAAGCGCAGGCUCUGCCCGUGGAGGUGCGCUUUCUGGUCGAGUCGAGCAGGACGCUACACGUGCCAGGGAAAACCAGAUUCCGGGAAAAGUGGCUGAAAGACGUGAUCGAGAGCAAAGCUUUGCUCCUGGACGCCGUCGACUUUUAA